UGACGAAACAGCGUUCGUUUUUGGCACGGUUCCCCAUCGCGGCUUAUGGAUGGGAAUGUACUUGGAAAGUCACCCAGCAACGAACCAAAUUUGGCACGGUCCAUUUUUGGCAACAGUUCAAGCGUUUGCAUUCGUGGGUAAUAACACAGUUUCAGUUAGUCUGCGUUUGUUUCCCGAGCCAGGCAGCUGAUAAAUUAAUGCAAUAGUUUAUAAAAUGGAUAAAUCGAGCGUUUUGCAAAUAGACAAAACCAAACGAAACAGCUUGACUCUGGAACAAAAAGUUGAAAUCAUUAAACUCUUGGGAGAACAAGCACACACCAAAGCACAUUUGGCUAAACAAUUCGGCGUGGAUCGAUCAACGAUUCGAAAGAUCGAACUACAGAAGGAGCGAGUUCUGCUGAGCGUUUCGACAAUUAGCAUAGAAAAUUGUCAACGGAAGUACGUGUCCACCGGAAAGCACCACGAACUGGAAGAGGUUUUGUACUACUGGGUACGACAGAUGAAGUCACAACAGAAAUCUGUGACUAACGCUAUGAUUCUGGAUCAGGCAAAGUUCAUCGCAGAUCAAAUGAAUGUGGAAGAAUCUUUCAAAUUCAGUGCAAAGUGGUUGCGAAAUUUCAAGAAGAGAUUCGGAUUGUAAUUAAAAUUGGCGCGUUUAAUAAAUAUGUUUGUUGUUUGUUCUUA